AUGAGGCUUCAAAAUGGUGCAAGUAAUGAUGUCAAAAUUCAAGAAUUUGCUGACUGGAUACUAAAACUUGGUGAUGGAGUACUCGGGGAACCCAAUGACAGUGAAGUUAUGAUUGAAAUCCCAGAUGAAUUCUUGACCAAGAAUGCACAAGAUCCCAUUGCAUCAAUCGUUCAUAGCACAUAUCCCAAUCUAAUAAAUGCAUUGAGUGAUGGAAGUCUUUUCCAUGAUAGGGCCAUUUUAGCUCCUACAAAUGAAAUCGUUUGUAUAGUUAAUGAGCAUGUAUUGUCUUUAAUUUGUGGGGAAGAGAAGGUUUACUUGAGCUCGAAUUCAGUAAGCAAAACAUAUAGUUUUGUUAACAAUCACACCGAUGCAUUCUCAGUCGAAUUUCUAAACACAAUUAGAUGUUUUGGUUUGCCGAAUCAUGAAAUUAGACUGAAAAAAGGUGUGCCAAUUAUGUUGCUUAGGAAUAUUGAUCAAUCAGCUGGUUUGUGCAAUGAAACAAGAUUGACUGUAAAUCGUCUAGAGGAACAUAUCAUUGAGGCUAAAAUUCUCACAUGUUGUAAAAAGGGAGACAUUGUCCUCAUUCCACGAAUGACCCUUACACCGUCUGAUUCUGCACAUCUUCCAAUCAAUUUGCAAAGAAGGUUAUUAUUAUUUGCUCAACAAGUUAAUGUACCUGAUGCAACGAAGCAGUUUGAUCAUUGUUCUUUUUAUUAUGAAAAAUAUGUCCAUAUUGGUGAUCGUGACGUCAAUCAAAUUGAAAAAAGUCGUGAUGAUGGUUGA